AAGUAGGAACCUGGGAGACUCCUGAAGUGAGCGGCGUUCAGCCAUGGCCCAGGACGUUCCACACCUCCUCUGCAGCUGUGGGAGACCGGCUGUAUGUGUUUGGAGGGGGAAAUAAAGGAGCGGAACCGGUGAAAGACCAGCGGCUCCAUGUGUUUGAUACAGCCACCUUGACCUGGUCCCAGCCAGACACUGCUGGCGAUGCCCCUGCUCCUCGGCACGGACACGCUGUAGUUGCAGUUGGGACCAAACUCUUCAUCCACGGAGGUUUAGCUGGUGAUAUUUUUUACAAUGAUCUGUUCUGCAUCGAUAUAAAUGACAUGAGGUGGGUUAAGAUCCCAGCCACAGGUGAUGUCCCGGGAGGACGGGCGUCCCAUGCAUCAGCUGUGUUUAAAGACCACCUGUACAUUUUUGGUGGAAUAGGCCCUGAUGGGGCCCUUGACAGCACAUACAGGUACCACACAGAGAAGCAGCAGUGGACACUCCUCCAGUUUGAUUCCCCUCUGCCUGCUGGGAGGCUGGACCAUGCCAUGUGCGUCAUUCCCUGGCACAGUGGGCAGGAGGAGAGUACGCCAGCAGGAGAUGGAGCUGGCCAGGACAAGGAGGGGUGCCCCAAGGACACGGUUGUGCACCUGCUGUUCAUGUUUGGUGGGAUGGACAUGGAGGGGCAGAUACACAGGGACUGUGCAGUCACCCUGAUCAAGUAG